AUGGCCAACGUCCUGGACGACAUCUCCCACCGGAGAUACAACCCUCUUCGCGGAUCGCACAUUUUGGUUUCCCCCACCGAACCAAGCGGCCCUGGCAGACAGCAAGAGAGUCCCUCAAAGACAACUCUGCCCAGUUACGACCCCGCAUGCUACUUAUGCCCAGGAAACAAGCGCGCACAGGGUGACGUCAACCCCAAGUACGAUAACACGUUCGUCUUCGUCAACGAUUACAGCGCGGUGAAAGAGGAUCAGGCUGCUUACGAAGGCAACACUGGAGAUGAUCUCGAAUCGCGCUUUCUCAAGGCUGAGCCCGUGACGGGAAAAUGUUAUGUGUUGACAUUUUCACCGUCCCACAACCUUACUCUAGCUGACCUGGCACCAAUAGAGAUCGUCCCUGUUAUCAAUGCCUGGACCGAGAUCUAUGCUGCCCACUUGUCACCCACCAACCCAUUGGCGAAGAACGCACCGCCCACUCAUGUCGCGCCUGUGUCGCAUGACGCGCCCGUCACUAAGCCGAAGGAGCAGUACCGCUACAUGCAAAUCUUUGAAAACAAGGGCGCCGCCAUGGGUUGCUCGAACCCUCACCCCCAUGGCCAGGUUUGGACCACCAGCACCUUGCCCGAGGAGCCCGCUGCAGAGAUGGAGCAGCUGUGCAAGUACCGCCACCAGCAUGGUGGUAGCCACCUGCUGGAGGACUAUGCUGAGUUGGAGAGCCGCAAGCAGGAGCGUGUUGUCUUCGAGAACGAGGCUUUCAUCGUCGUCUGCCCCUGGUGGGCAACCUGGCCCUUCGAGACGAUGAUUGUCAGCCGCACACACAAGCGUGCUUUGGUGGAUCUGACCGAGUCCGACCGCACUCUGCUAGCCGAGGCCAUUGCUGAGAUCACCCGCCGCUACGACAACCUCUUCGAGACUCACUUCCCUUACAGCAUGGGUAUCCACCAGGCUCCGCUGGACGGCACCGCCGAGGAGGUUGACGCUUCCUACCUGCACCUGCACUUCUACCCACCUCUGCUGCGCAGCGCGACUGUGCGCAAGUUCCUUGUUGGCUACGAAUUGAUGGCCGAGCCCCAGCGUGAUAUCACUCCGGAGCAGGCCGCGGCCCGUCUCCGUGGCUGCGGUGGGGAGCUGUACCGCAAGAAGUUGGAAUAA